AUGAUGUACCCUACUCAGAAACCGGGGUACUCAUCCACCAAUCUCAUCGGAAACUCUGCAACCUUUAUCUUGACAGCGAUGGACUUGCUGCUGAUCCACCCUCAAGCCGGGCACGACAUUGUCGACGCCAACGGAAACACCCAAGGCAUUUUAUCCCGUCUAUUCCAGGCAUUUCAACUACUCACAUGCACACGGGCGAUCAACACACCUCGACAAGUGAAGAAUGUCCCGCCAUUCCCAGAAUAUUACACCAAGAGAGAUCCGAAGGUGAUCCCGCGAGGUCGCUUUUUGAUCAGAGAAGCUACUAUUGCUGUCUGGCAGUUUCUGGUUCUAGAUACAGUUACUGCAUUGGCCUUGAGACAAGCCAUGAAUAACCAAGACGAAGAACAGUCAAUUUCUUCUGAUCCCCAAUUGACUAACACCGGGCAAAGGUGGACAGAGCAGUUUAUUCAGACUCUCGUGGCUUGGUUCGUUGUGUCUCGAGUGUUGAUCGGCUUCUACUACCGCGUCGCUUCGAUCAUCUGUGUGAGCCUGGGUGAUUCCCCCUUGAACAGCCCCCCGAUGAUUGGGAGAAUGGCAGAGAUAUAUACAUUACGGAAUUUCUGGGGAAAAUUCUGGCAUCAAAUGUUACGACUGCCCCUCACGUCGACUAGCAACUUUCUCGCGCGUGAUGUCCUCGGUCUGCCUAGAUCGUCGUUCGUGGAACGAUACGCCAACGUUUUCAUCGUUUUCUUCUUCUCUGGCUUGGUCCACGUAGUAAUCGAUAGUCUGCGAAACGUUUCAAUAAAGGACCUUGGAACUAUGUCCUUUUUCCUCUCGUUCGUUGUUGGCUACAUAAUUGAAGACGGUGUCAUAGCUCUCUGGAAACGAACGUGGGAGUCCCAGAACAAUAGCUCGCCGGCGCGGUGGCAAAGGGCCCUUGGCUUUUGCUGGGUCAUCACAUGGCUGGGGGUUACGUCUCCUUGGUUUUUUAAGUCGGCGAUAGUGAAGCCGGAGGAACAGAUGAUUUUGGUUCCUUUCAGUGUUGCUGGGCUCGUUGGCCUUCCUGUGUUGCAAAGCAUAGUUAUUGGCGGUGGUCUUGUGUUGAAGUUUGUAUUCGAGACAGAGAUUUGA